CCACUGGCAGGGCACGAAAUAUAACUGAAUGGAAGCGAGUUUCGCACUCAUCUGGUUGCCGCAAUUCGUCUUCUGCACUCGCUAUCCAGCCUGUUGCUGCACUCCUGGCACCUCAUCCCCCAGACGCGCCUAUUUAAGGCUGGUUGAGAAGGCACCUACUUCUUACUCGCGCCUAAUUGACAGGAAAGGCACAAUCGAGAAAAGUGGAUGUUCAGGACGAAACAGCGAAACUUGAUGCAUAACGAAACAAGUUGACCACAUACAAAAAAGAACGUUACUAUUAUGGGCGCCCAAUCUGUUCGGUCCUUUACUGCCUCAGCAUCCAGAGUAUCUCUUAAGAGGGCCGCUCCCAUCUCCCGCCAUGCUUCAACCAAGGCCGCAGUGCAACAAGACGAAUGGUCUCUUCCCUACAUUCACCUCGGUCCCACCCAUGCCUCUCGAUAUUCCCAACAUUACAACAACUCCCUCGCUUCCGACGUCAUGUACAUGACCUAUUCCCAUCGUCUCUCUCAGCGUCCGGCCAAACCUGAAACUCUUCAGCCCCCUCAAACACCGUAUGAGGCAAACCGGGCCCGACCGCCUAUCAUGAGAGGUAACCGUGCCGUCCGAACUAAGACAACCGAGAUCACACCGGCGACCGUCCCCAAACUCGAGUCCAUCAUUGUCCAUACCAUGGUGAAGGAAGCCAUCGGCAACAAAAACUCCCUUCUUUCAGCUAUCGCUGCUCUUCGCGCUAUCUCUGGUGAGACUCCCAACGGAGCAGGUCGCAAAGGUUCAUCCGGUGUCCAGGUCAUCACCGCCAAAAAGUCCGCGGCUGCCUGGAAACUCAGAGAGGGGAUGCCCGUCGCUGUCAAGGUCGAACUCAAGGGCGAAGCCAUGUACGACUUCAUCCAGUCCCUUGUUGACUUUGUCCUUCCCCGUCUGCGAGAUUUCUCAGGUGUCCCUCUUCCACCUGCUUCUACACCCAAAAGUUCUCCCGCUAGCUUGGCUGGUGUCGUGUCUUUUGGUUUCGGACCUACCGCUAUGAGUUUUUUCCCUCAAAUUGAGGCCAACACCGAUGCCUACCCCAAAAUGCACGGUUUCCAUGUAUUUUUCAAGACCAAUCUCACGGGGGAAAACGCCCAGGAACACGCGAGGACAUUGGUUAGUGGGUUUAGAAUACCAUUCCACAGGAGAUAGGUUGGUGGCACGAGUGAGGGGAUUGCUGGAAGACUUUGGCCUGCUCAUGGUAAUCAUGCAUUUACUAUUAUCUUUAAGAUUCGAGUAAACAUAGAUAUAUCAAAAAUCGGCUAACUAAAAUUCAAUAUUCCAAACUUUUCGUCCUUCCCAUACAUCUUCCUUCCCACCCUUCACUGAUCUUUCGUCCCCAACUGGCAACAGGACCGCUAAUUUGCGACCCCACAGCGUCUUGAACUUAUGCUCCGUCAACUUGAAUCCAAUUGUCACCUCGUCCUUUCCACCCACAUACUCCACUUCGACCACUGUUUUGUCCGGUGUCGCUGAAAUGCCAUCGUCCUCUGUCCACUGGCCUCUGUAGGCAUUUCCUUCGUGGCCAGGGAAGAUCUUCACGCCUCGCCAGUCAUCAAGUCCGACUACACCACCUUCGUCUUCGAGCACAACAUCAACCCCAUCUGGAGUUUGCCUUGCUGGACCUUGCUUUUGAGUGACAGUGUGAUAUCUCUUGCCUACUGGCACGACCGCACCCUCCCUUGCAAACAGGCCCAUAUGCUCCAUUGGCGUUGCGAUCAUUACUCUGUCUCCCGCUUUAUACGUUCUGUAUGGUGCAUGGAGAUCAAAGUACAAGCUCUUGUCGUCCAUGCAUGCUUUGGGGAAGUACACUUCUCGAGUGAGUUGACCUUCAAAUAGCGCAGGGCAGACUAGGAUUCGACCAGUGCCGAGCCAAGCGUCAAAGCCUUCUAAGAUGGAGGCUUCGUAGAGUGCAGGAUCAGACGCGAAUGGGCCAAAACCGAGCCAGGUCGUAGUGGGAGUAGCGCGAAGAUGAGACUCCCACAUGAAUGCUCGUAUCGCCAUUUAAUCGCCUCCCUAAUGAUAGGCAACACAGCCGGAUACUGCGUGGUCAUCAGCACUGGCUCUAGACGAAUUUGACAAUGUACUCACCAUCCAAGGGGUGUUUGUCGCUCCCACUCCGCUAAUAUCACUUUGAUCGGGCUUGAAGCUAUGGAUACAAAACCUCGAAUGUGUCACCCCCAACUGCACCCACCUCACAAACAUCUCCUCUCCCGGUAAUGGUCCUCCAAACCCACCAAUGUCGGAUCCAUAGCUUUGCAUAAGCGACAUACCGGCAUUGAACUGAAUAGCUUGAGAUCCACGAAGGUUGUGCCAGGAAGUGUAAUUGUCACCUGACCAGGUCGAGUUGGCAUAUUUGAAUGUGCCGACAUUCCCGGAACGGGUCAGGACAUAGGUUCGUCGGGUUGGGUGGGCUUUUUCUAGGGUCGUGUGCGAAACAUAGUUGACAAGCUCAGUAUUGAUCAUGCGACCUAUUUCGCCGAUGGUCACCGGUCCAGAAGGAGAGGACGUAAAUUCGUGGGGCAAAGAAGUCGCACAAACAAAGGAAUCAUCGUGGAGAUAAUACUCGUUGUUAUCACUGAUUUUCAUUAGCUGAACUCUUUGGCUUCAAGACAAAUGGCUUACUCCCACAUCCCAUCGACCCCUAGAUCAAUCAGACUCUUCACUCCGUCAGCCCACCAUUGCCGUCCCUCCUCACUUGUCAUAUCCACCCAGCUGCCCUUUUCAUUAUCACCCACACCUGACGACCAGAUACGUGUGACCACAGGAGAUUUAGAGUAAGGAUCGUAGAACAGCGCGUUGGAUGAAUGGAGAUCCUUGUAAUGAGGAUGCGUCUGAAGAACAUCUAUUUCUCGGGGUCAGUCAAAAAGCAUCAUUAAGAUAGCGAAUACGAAAUCACAUGGUUUGAUGUUGGGAACCACUUUGAUCCCUGCUUUAUGAAAAUGAGCGACCAUCCCCUUGAAGUCUGGAUAUCGCUUUGUAUUCAUGGUGAAAACACAGCGAUUUCCAUCUUUGUCUGCCGUAUAGCCCGACGAUAGCUAAUGCCGGCCCAUGUCAGUUAAUUUACAUAGUAAAGCCUUUGA